AUGGACAACGAUUGGAAUAGAUCAUCUCUAUUCACGUCAAAAAAUCCCCCUGAGUGGGUUUUGACCCUCACCAACGAUUCCCAGGCUAGUCAACCGGUAUUCUCACAGGAGGAAACGGACAAAAUAAGCAGGAUACUUGCUUCAAUGAAUUACAAGCCAUCAAUGACAGUCAGGCUCAAAGUGAACGAUCAAACUCAACAAAGUGGAUCACAGGAUUUGGGUUUCCAAGAAGUGUGUAUCGUCAGAAGAGCGGUUCACUCACUUUAUUUGAGAGAUGGGAGACCUGAUGAAAUCCAAUUGCUACCUCUGAGUGCUGUCCUCACCAUUAGAUUCAAACUUGGAGCUUCGGUACCUGCUGAUUACAUCCCUCACAAAGUGACAGUGACUAUCCGCUGCUCUGUGGGAAGCACCAUUGAGGACACUCACUAUCAAGGUGCCAUGAUCCCAUGGUCUCGUUCCAAGCUUUCUGGAGCUCGAACAGUGCUUGCAUGCGCUCAUCUGGACAAGUUAUCGGAUGCCGGCUUUCUCAGUGCAGUAAUCACCCCUGACCAAGACAAAGGUGAUACAGAUGGGCUGAUCAGAGCUAUCAGAGUGUUGCGGGAGCUCUGCCACAGUAUGGGUUCAAACGAGUAA